UGGGGUCAUUGAGAUUUCACUAUUUGAGAAAAACCAUAGAGGAACUUCUGAUGCCUGCUGAAAUGCUAAAAGGAUGGAUUUUUGUCCUGGAUGCCCACUUCUCCUCCUAACCCUGAUAGCAAGGAGCACAGGACCCAGCUUUGAAUUUGGAUUAUGCCUGCGAGAUCUCGGCCAUGGUGAGCAUGUGGAGGGCUGGUGCCCAACCAUGGUUGCUGCUGUGCACUGGGCACUGUUCUGAGCUUAACACAAAAUGACUCAUUUAGUCUCAUAACAGUGAGAUGCAGUAGGUUUUCCUGUUGUUCACAUUCUAGUAACAAGGGAUCCGAAGCCCGGACACACUACCUAACACAUGGCAGAGCUGGGGUACAUCAUAUUAUCGUGCAAGAUUGUCAUGAAUCAAAUUUGAAUUUAUUUUCCUUUAUAAUAUUACGUAGGUCCUAAUUCAUAAUACCUUCAUUUUUUCCCCCAAAUUUUUAGCCAGUUUUACUAUUGCCAUUGUUCAAUAAUUAGUACUUUUCCCAUUGAUUUAAUUUGAAAUACUACUUAAAAACUUUAUAUAUCUUAGCCUUAUAUUUUGAUUCUCUGGCCAUACAGUGCUGGUUUAAUUAUUGUUUGUUUUUUAUAAUAUGCUUACCUAUUUGGUAAGGCAAAGCCUCAUGCCUUAUUUUUUCAGAAUUCUCAAAGGUUGAACUGUAGAUGAAUUUCAUAAUCUCUUUGCCAUCCUUAGAAGAACUCCUUUUAGACUUUUGACUGGAUGUUUUAAAAGUUUCUAUAAUGCAUGAGACUUUCUUAAACGUAUGCCUGGCCAUUUAUAUUUUGAUUGUAAUAGUGAACAUGUUUCCAACAGUCUCACUGGGAACAUCUCAGAGGCGAUGACUGGCCAGGUCUCACCCAGCUCCAUGUCCCUAUUGUUGCUGCCACAUUGGCCUAACUUACGCUCUUAAUAUUUGCCAAGCUCCUAAUCGUCAGCUCAUGACUUACUGGUUACAGGAGCUGCAGCAGAAGCGAUGGGAAUAUUGCAAUGGCCUCGACACGGUCAAGUGGGACAGCAGGACCUCCCCGACCCCCGGGGACUUUUCUAAGGGCCUUGUAGCCAGAAACACCACAGAUUUCGUUUACCCACAAACAAAUGCUUCUGCAGAAAAAGCCAGAAAUGUCCUAGCUGUGGAAACUGCGCCUGGAGAGCUGGUGGGAGAGCAGGCUGCAAGUCAGCCAGCCCCGGGGCACCCGAACUCCAUCAAUUUCUCUUUGAAGCAGUGGGGCGCUGAGCUCAGAAAUUCAAUGUCCUCUUUCCGCCCGGGAAGAGGGCAUGAUAGUCGGAAGAGUGUGUUUUAUACUAACGAAGAGUGGGAGCUUCUAGACCCGAGCCCUAAGGACCUGGAGGAGUCCACAGCCCAGGAAGAGAGGAAGAAGCAGCUGCCCGAAGGAAACAAAGGAGUAACCAGCUCAGGAUUUUCCUUUGAUUUGGGACGUGUUCCCUACAAAGGAAAGCGCCCUUUGAAAGACAUGAUUGGAUCAUACAGAAGCCGUCACAGUAGCAGUGACCCUGCCACCACCGAGGGGACGUCAGGCAGUGGGGGCACCGGCAAGCUGGCCUCCGACGUGCAGCUGCAGAUGCAGAGCCAACAGGAGGAGCUGGCACGCUUGAAGAAGGACCUGUCCAGCCAGAAGGAGCUCGUGCGGCUGCUGCAGCAGACGGUGCGGUCGUCCCAGUAUGACAAGUAUUUCACGAGCAGCCGGCUCUGUGACGGGGUCCCCCAUGACACGCUCGAGCUCCUGCACCAGAAGGACGACCAGAUCCUGGGCCUCGCCGGCCAGCUGGACAGGUUCAGCCUGGAGAAAGAGAGCCUUCAGCAGGAGGUGAGGACACUGAAGAGCAAAGUGGGCGAGCUCAACGAGCAGCUGGGGAUGCUGAUGGAGACCAUCCAGGCCAAGGACGAGGUCAUCAUCAAGCUGUCUCGGCAGCUCAGCGAGUGCGAGGGCACCGUGGCCUCUCCCACCUGGGCCCCCAGCUCGCCCACCGCCGGCACGGCCAGCAGGGACCAGCUGGAGCUGGACAGGUUGAAGGAUAAUCUGCAGGGGUACAAAACCCAAAAUAAAUUUCUAAAUAAGGAAAUUUUGGAACUCUCGGUGCUUCGGAGAAAUGCAGAAAGGAGAGAGAGGGAUCUGAUGGCCAAGUAUUCGAGCCUGGAAGCCAAGCUCUGCCAGAUAGAAAGUAAGUACUUGAUCUUGCUCCAAGAGAUGAAGACGCCAGUCUGCUCCGAAGAGCAGGGGCCUGCCCGGGACGUCAUAGCCCAGCUGCUGGAGGACGCACUGCAGGUCGAGGGCCCGGAGCAGCCAGAGCAAGCGUUCGUGAAACCUCACCUUGUCAGCGAGUACGAUAUUUACGGCUUUAGGACUGUCCCAGAGGAUGAUGAAGAAGAGAAGCUGGUGGCCAAAGUCCGGGCGCUGGACCUGAAGAGCCUCUACCUCGCGGAGAACCAGGAGGUGUCCACCGGGGUCAAGUGGGAGAACUACUUCGCCAGCACGAUGAACCGGGAGAUGGCCUGCUCCCCGGAACUGAAGAGCCUGAUCCGGGCGGGCAUCCCGCACGAGCACCGCUCCAAGGUGUGGAAGUGGUGCGUGGACCUCCACACCCGCAAGUUCAAGGACGGCAUCGAGCCCGGGUACUUCCAGAGCCUGCUGCACAGGGCGCUGGAGAAGCAGAACCCGGCCUCCAAGCAGAUCGAGCUGGACCUGCUGCGGACGCUGCCCAACAACAAGCAUUACUCCUGCCCCACCUCGGAGGGCAUACAGAAGUUACGCAACGUGCUGCUGGCCUUCUCCUGGCGGAACCCGGACAUCGGCUACUGCCAGGGCCUGAACAGGUUGGUGGCAGUGGCCCUUCUGUACCUGGAGCAAGAAGACGCUUUCUGGUGCCUGGUCACCAUCGUGGAGGUCUUCAUGCCUCGCGACUAUUACACAAAGACUCUCUUAGGAUCCCAGGUGGACCAGCGGGUGUUCAGAGACCUCAUGAGCGAGAAGCUGCCGCGGCUGCACACCCACUUUGAACAAUACAAGGUGGACUACACCCUCAUCACGUUCAACUGGUUUCUGGUGGUGUUCGUGGACAGCGUCGUCAGUGACAUCCUCUUCAAAAUAUGGGACUCCUUCCUGUACGAGGGGCCAAAGGUCAUCUUCCGUUUUGCUCUGGCGCUUUUCAAAUUCAAAGAGGAGGAGAUGCUAAAACUGCAGGAUUCAAUGUCCAUAUUCAAGUACCUCCGGCGCUUCACUCGCACCAUCGUCGACGCUCGGAAGCUGAUCAGUAUCUCCUUCGGGGACCUGAACCCCUUCCCCCUGCGCCAGAUCCGCAACCGGCGCGCCUACCACCUGGAGAAGGUGCGGCUGGAGCUGACGGAGCUAGAGGCAUUCCGGGAGGACUUCCUGCGUGAACGGGACACCAGUCCCGACAAAGGCGAGCUGGUCAGCGACGAGGAGGAGGACACCUGA